AUUGUUUAAAAUAAUAGCGAGGGAUGAGCGGGACGCUUUCUAUCUACUAUCUCUUCAUUUACUGGCAUUAACUUUUAUAAUCUCUGACAGAGAUCUAUAAAUGUAGGAUUAGCAGGAAGGAUGAGGGGAAUCCUGGUUGUUCCUCCAUAGUAUAUGUAUGCUGACGUUUGCAGGGAGCGGAGACCUUGUGAGGGAAGAUGUGAAUAUAGCACUGGAUUUGGAUGGAUUUCGUUGUCUGUACAAUUGUGUCCUGGGUAGGCAUUUAUAUGAGAGUAUUAGAUAUCGAAGAUCACCAAUCUAUGCCCGGCGUGAAAGCAAAAGAGUGCCCAAAUACAGCUCUCAAAUUUAUUAUAUCCAAGCACCUCAGUCAUCUACCCUUAUCCGCCCGUGUCAUGCUCAAACCCUGGCUCUUCAAGAAAGGCAGCAACGGGGGUAUUUGUUCUCUUUUCUCGCUUCACCGAGGAUGCAGAUGAUGGAUAUUGCUUCACAGACAUGGCAUGCUGUGGCAUUGCAUGGCAUGAUUUCAUUGACAUAAAACAUGCAGUGUAUGUCUGUAUGCAUGUAUCUGUAUCUGCACAUUGGCUGUUGACUACAGUGGUUUUACAUAUAUGUAUGCAGGUAGAUAAGAUAUGUUCUUCAAGCCAGCCGCUCUGUCCCUCCCAACCUCACCUGGGGCUCCGGAAUGUUGGCCGCCCGCCCCUCCAACUUGUUACUAGAGUGGGUAGGAUAUGCAGUAGUAGUAGUAACUAGUGUAUGGUUCAGAUGAAGUUACAUUUUGUCUUUAGCUCACAGUCU